AUGGAUGAUAGUACUAAUAUAUGGCAUGCACUCAGUUGCAUAUCAGGGAUUACCAGCCUAAGCCACAGAAAGUCAAGGACGUCACCCUAUAUCCAAGAGCCUUCUGUAGUGGCCCUGUGGCAGGUGGUAGAGAUGGUGUUCUUUGUUGAGCUGGACAGACCGUACGCAGCGCAGAAGCCCCAGAAGUAUCGAGUUUUACCAGAAGGUCGUGAUACAGAUAUGGAUAGAAGGAAAGUCGGAGCGAGAGUACUGUCAAUGAUCGUGAAACAGCGGAAGGAAGGCACUGCUGCGUCCAAGUGGCCCGCUGACCUCACGCGAUGCCAGCUGCUGCGAGACAGAUGGUGCGGCUCUGCGCUCCACACCUCCGCCUUUCUGCCUGGCCCUGGGGGGGAAGCCCGGCCCUGGGGGAAGCCUGGCCCUGGGGGGGAAGCCUGGCCCUGGGGGGGGAAGCCUGGCCCUGGGGGGGGAAGCCUGGCCCUGGGGGGGAAGCCUGGCCCUGGGGGAGAAGCCUGGCCCUGGGGGGGAAGCCCGGCCCUGGGGGGGAAGCCCGGCCCUGGGGGGGAAGCCUGGCCCUGGGGGAGAAGCCUGGCCCUGGGGGGGAAGCCCGGCCCUGGGGGGGAAGCCUGGGCCCCGGGGGAAACCUGGCCCUGGGGGGGAAGCCUGGCCCUCGGGGGGAAGCCUGGCCCUCGGGGGGAAGCCCGGCCCUGGGGGAGAAGCCUGGCCCUGGGGGGGAAGCCUGGCCCUAGGGGGGAAGCCUGGCCCUGGGGGAAGCCUGGCCCUGGGGGAAGCCUGGCCCUAGGGGGGAAGCCUGGCCCUGGGGGAGAAGCCUGGCCCUGGGGAGGAAGCCUGGCCCUGGGGGGAAGCCUGGCCCUGGGAGGGAAGCCCGGCCCUGGGGGGGAAGCCUGGCCAUGGGGGGAAAGCCCGGCCCUGGGGGGGAAGCCCGGCCCUGGUGGGGAAGCCCGGCCCGGGGGGAAGCCUGGGCCCCGGGGGAAACCUGGCCCUGGGGGGGAAGCCUGGCCCUCGGGGGGAAGCCUGGCCCUCGGGGGGAAGCCCGGCCCUGGGGGAGAAGCCUGGCCCUGGGGGGGAAGCCUGGCCCUAGGGGGGAAGCCUGGCCCUGGGGGAAGCCUGGCCCUGGGGGAAGGGGGAAGCCUAGCCCUGGGGGAGAAGCCUGGCCCUGGGGGAGAAGCCUGGCCCUGGGGGGGAAGCCUGGCCCUGGGGGGAAGCCUGGCCCUAGGGGGGAAGCCUGGCCCUGGGGGAAGCCUGGCCCUGGGGGGAAGCCUGGCCCUAGGGGGGAAGCCUGGACCCGGGGGAAGCCUGGCCCUGGGGGAGAAGCCUGGCCCUGGGGGAAGCCUGGCCCUGGGGGGGAAGCCUGGCCCUGGGGGGAAGCCUGGCCCUAGGGGGGAAGCCUGGCCCUGGGGGAAGCCUGGCCCUGGGGGAGAAGCUUGGGGAAACCUGGCCCUGGGGGGGAAGCCUGGCCCCGGGGGAAACCUGGCCCUGGGGGGGAAGCCUGGCCCUAGGGGAAACCUGGCCCUGGGAGGGAAGCCUGGCCCCGGGGGAAGCCUGGCCCCGGGGGAAGCCUGGACCCGGGGGAAGCCUGGCCGCGGGGGAAGCCUCUCUGUGCGCGCCGGAACUCUUGCCUUCGCGGUCCUGGGCCCCACGGCACCUGUCACGCCGCCGCCUGACCCCGGCCGUAGCUCCUGCCGCCAGUCCUCCAUCUGGCGCGCGUCUCCCGGAGGUCACCAGCUGCCCUUCAGCAAGGAAGAAGAAGAAGAAGAAGAAGAAGAAGAAGAAGAAGAAGACGAAGACGAAGAAGACGAAGAAAAAAAAAACGAAGAAGAAAAAAAAAAACGAAAAGGGGGAAGAGAAGGAGAAGAUAAACAGCAACAAAGCCGAAGGCGCUUAUUAACCGGCCGUUCCUCCAGGAAAUAAAGACCGGCCUCGGCUUAACAAAACCGUUUUCCCUUUUGCACGAAUCCGGAAGAUCGCGCGGCAAAGGCGGGGGAUUUAUUCGGUUGAGUGGGAAUGUGGUGCAUGGAAGUUGGGAAAAUCGUGCUUGGAGGUCGGGAAAGUCGUGCUUUGGAGUCAGGAAAGUCGUGCUUUGGAGUCGGGAAAGUCGUGCUUUGG